AUGUCUACAAGCGACAGCGGACCCAGCGCCUUCCAGACCUGGUGCCAGGCCUCACCACACGCCUCUCACCAAACCCUGAGACAAUCCCUCAUCCCAGCCCUCCUCGACGGCAUCGCCAAGGUCGGCCAGGCCCUCCGCACCGCUCACGACGUCUCGCUCGCGGGCACCGCCAACGCCUUCGGCGACGACCAGCUCAACGUCGAUGUCUCCGCCGAGGCCAUCAUCCGCGCCGCACUCGCCGCGUGCCCAUCCGUCGUCACGGCCAGCAGCGAGGAGGACCCCGUCGAGCGCCGCGUACACGGCGGCGACGACGACGACGACGACGACGAGGAGCAGCCAAGCCAGCCCGGACAAGUAUACACGGUGGCGUUCGACCCUCUGGACGGCAGCUCCAUCAUCGCGCCAAACUGGAGCGUCGGGACCAUCAUGGGCAUCUGGGAAGGCCGGUCGGCGGUCUCGCAGCGCCCGUCGCAGAAGCAAGUCGCCGCGAUUCUGGGCGUGUACGGGCCGCGUACCACGGCGGUCGUGGCGAUACGCACGCCCGGCGCCGAGCCGGCGUGCUUCGAGAUGGGACUCUCGGACGGCGGCACGCAGGGCCACGCCAUGGUGCGGCCGGCGGUGCGGCUGGCCUCGCCGCCGUUCAGGACGCGGUACUUUGCGCCGGCGAACCUGCGCGCCGCCGCCGACGACGACGGCUACAUGCGGCUGGUGACGCGCUUCAUCCAGAGCAGGUACACGCUGCGGUACAGCGGCGGGCUGGUCCCGGACGUGGUGCACGCCCUGGCCAAGGGCCACGGCGUGUACGUGUCGCCCGUCACGGCGCGGAGCGGAGCAAAGCUGCGCAAGCUCUACGAGCUCUUCCCCGUCGCGCUGGUCAUCGAGUGCGCGGGCGGCAGGGCCGUCGACCCCCUGAGCGGGCGCGACAUCCUCGCCGAGGGCGUUGCCGAGUGUGACGAGCGCGGCGGCUUGAUCUGCGGCACGGCCGAGGAUGUAGAGCACGCCAAGCGCGAGCUGGGGCUGUCUUGA